AUGGACUCGCUAUUCUUCGACCACCGAGACUACUUCGCAGAUAGGGUACAGAAACUCAUCGCAGAGCCCGAUACAACAAAGACUCCAGGAUCACUCGCUCCAUCAGACACAUCGAUUUGUGUUCGGGUACGUCCUCUGUCCGAGCAGGAAAAGGAUGCAAACCAUGUCCAAGGUGUCAUCACGCAGCAUCAUGGGAGGGUUAAGAUACAUGAAGCAAUUAGGAAGUUCAAUGGGAAGCCUGAUGUGAAGUCAACGUCUUUCUCUUUGGAUGAGGUCUUCGGCUCCGAUAAAGCUACACAAGACAUAUAUGACGACAAAGUACAGCAAUUGGUCGAAUGGGCGUGGAAUGGCGGAACGAGCAUCAUGCUAGCCUAUGGCCAGACUGGAUCUGGGAAGACCUUUACAGUUACAGCGCUGGAAAGACUCGUUGUACAGGCCCUCCUCGAUACACGACCUGAGAAGAAGGAGGUGCACAUGUGCAUAUUCGAGAUAUUUGGAAACGUUGCCUACGACCUUUUGGGGGAUCGGAAACAAAUCAACAUUCUCGAAGACUCAUUUGGCUCAAUCCAAAUCGUCGGAGCUCUCGAGAAGACCCCCACCAACGUCGAGGACCUCCUAUCACUAAUCGAAACCGCCAAAUCACUUCGAUUGACAGCAGACACAACCAAAAACGAACGGUCCUCCCGCUCUCACGCAAUCUGCCGUCUAAGAAUCAUCGACACCGAUCGCAAAGGAGCACCAGAAGGGACCUUCUUCCUGGUUGAUCUUGCAGGCAGUGAAGCAAGCGCAGACGUACGACAUCAUUCAACAGAACGCAUGGCAGAAACCCGCGAAAUCAACAAAUCAUUGGUGACACUCAAGGAUUGUAUCCGCGCCAGAGCCACUUGGGGUAUUUCUCAAGGGACUGCCACACAAAAACAUGUCCAUAUUCCCUUUCGCACUAGCACGCUGACAAAAGUGCUGAAACCUGCAUUUGAUGUCAACAGUAGCAGGGCUUGCAAGACUCUUGUUAUUGCCUGUGUUGCUCCGAGCAUGUUGGAUGUUCCUCAUAGUCGGAAUACACUGCGAUAUGCGGAAUUGCUCAGGGUGCAUGUGCCAAAGGUUAAACCGAGGCCAUACGACGCUCUUAUUCCUACUACUUGGAGUAACAAGCAUGUACACGAGUGGAUUAGGAAGAAUUCCGGAAAACCGACAAUCGACCCAACCAAACUAGCUCCCCACGAAGACGGUACGCAGCUAUGCAAGUUACAGCUGGAUGAAUUCACCGCGCGCGCUACAGUGACAGUGGGCGUCCGACAAGAGCAAGCACAGAAACUAUACAUCAAGCUGUGGAGUCUACAUAUCGACUCACGUGCUCGACUGAGAAACGAGAUUCUCAGUGGCUCUAGCAAAGCGGAAUUAGCGCAAGUGACAGCGAAACCAAAGAUACAGAAGGAGUUAGUCUCACGGGUUAACCCUAAGCCUGGUACAUUCUUCCGCUUGGGGGAUGAUGGUGAUAUAGUCAUGGUAAUGGGCAAGGAUAGCACGACCAUGUUUGUUUGUGCUGAGCUUUCUGUGUCUGAUGCUAUGGCUAAUUGCUAUGAACUCUUCGUUGCGAGACAGAGGGUUGUUCCGCAUGAGGCAUUGGGUGUUGAGGUUUCCGUAGACGCGCUCAUCUUGUUAUUCAUAUUCUGCGAUUCGACAGCCUAUGCAUUUACUGAUACCCUUAAUGACCUCAAUACCGAAAACAAUCUGAACCUCCGAGGAGCAAUCGUGAGCGACGGGGCUGGACUCCCACUUGCGCUGGACUCGUUCAAUGGACUGGAGACUCGAGACAAUGUAGAUGAAGACGGGGAAUCCAAUGGCCUAGAUCUGGUGCGCCGAUACCCGAAUGCCGCGAAAUCGUUGGGCAACAAUCAAUUCGUGAAUACCUCGCUCGAAAUCGGUGAUGUGCAGUGGUUCUAUCUGCCCUCGUCGGUGGUGAAUGGCAAACACGCUAGCAAGGGCGCAGGGCUUCCUGCCUAUGUGAAUGCCACUGAUGAUGAUGACGCGAAUGACGAGUUACGGAAACGAGAUGGUCUGGAGAAGCGAUCGACCACCGUCUACCUGUCGCUUACGACGUGCCGUAAGCCCACCGCCAACACAACGACUACCGAGGAUGGGUUCCCGCAGUUGCAGAUGUACGUCUCCAAGUCGGAGACGCUACAGGAGCCAGGACCAGGCCAUGAUGAUUCCGAUCAAGAUGUAUACACGGCUGAGGGAGGGUAUAUUGGGAUCGAGAAAGACACAGACAGCGACGUCUUCAUUGGUGUCGCUGCGCCCAACUCGACUGGCUACUCCGGAGGCUAUACAUACCAGCUUGCAGCCUCGAUUGACGCAUAUUUCCACAAUGUCGUGGACAAUGACCCUUUCCUGUACUUUGUCGAUGCAGAUGUGUCUGCCGCGUUGCUGGUGACCAAUAACCUGACGCAGGCUGAGAAAGACUCCGACAAUUAUCAGCAGUGGAUGAACAUGACGCCUCCAUAUACCAUGUUUGCCCAUAAUAUCAAUAACACAGCAUUGGUAGGCUUGGAGCGAUCAUUCUGUGCGCUUGAUGAGCUUUCGCAGGUCGGACGAAUCAGCAAGUCGGUUGAGGUUGGUAUGACCAGCCGUGGACUGGGAAAUAGACCGAAAGAGCAGUUCUACAUUACUGGACUGAACCAGAGCUCGUCUUAUAAUGGCAUCCUGGCAAUGGUGGGCAACUCCACCACAUCAGGAAAUGGCAUUGUCGGCGGCGGAGGACAGGUCUGGGAAGCCAUGAACUUCACAACCAAAGCAGACGACAACUGUGCCGUCCUCUUCAACCUAACCUUCUGCUCAGAAGUAGCCUACGCCGUCCCCUCAAACCCUAAACUAAGCGUAGCCAAAUUGCGCGAAAUUUACGACACCAACGCAGCACACUAUUACCAAAACUUCAACUACAGCCUCCAACAAGUCCAAUGCAAAACAGACCAAGAAAGCAUGUUCUCCCUAGCAGUCGACUGCGACGAUUGCGCCACAGCCUACAAACAGUGGCUCUGCAGCGUAUCAAUUCCGCGCUGCGCAGAUUUCAGCAACAACGCUCCCUACCUCGCCGUCCGCAACGCAGGCCAAGAUUUUAUCAACGGGUCCUCCCUGCCAGUGGAUAGUCCAUACAGACAACACGUUGCAUCCAACACAUCCAGAAACAAGAUCAUCGACACAGAAAUCCAACCAGGUCCUUAUAAAGAGAUCCUGCCUUGUGAAGAUAUCUGUUCAACGCUUGUUAAAGAUUGUCCUUCAAAACUUGGUUUCAAGUGUCCCAGCGGGCGAUGGUUGAAUGCAUCCUAUGGAUAUCGCAAUUCAGAUGGUGAUAUUACGUGUUCGUACCUUGGUGCAGCUUACCAUUUGAGUCUUGGAGUGAGACUUGGGGCUGGCUGGGUUGGAUUUUUCAGUUUGGUUGCUAUGGGUGUUAUUUAUUUGUUAUAG